AUGGUUCGCAGACCCUAUGACACCUAUCUUUAUGUUGACAACUUCAUGUUUAGUCGUCGAACCGAGAAGCAACAAGUUAUCAAUUUCUUGUUACAGCAUAAUUCUCUUGGUUCUCCACCCGUGCUUCCAAUCGUUGGUGGAAGCCUAGUUGGGAAGAAAACUCUGGUAACACAUGUAUGGAAUGAUGAGAAGGUGUGUAGUUACUUCUCUUCUGUUCUGUACCUCAAUGGAGCCAACUUCACUAAAAUAGACACUGAAAGGUGCACAUCAGGGAGAAUAUUGGUUGCUGUCACACUUGUUUCAGAUGUAGAUGAUGAGGAUUGGAAAUCUUUCUACCGAACGGUGACAUCCAUAAGAGUAGAAAGUAAGGUUAUAAUCAUAAGUAGGAUGGAAAGUUUGACAAGAUAUGGUACCGUGAAGGCAAUUUACCUAAGUAAAUUACAAGAUGAGGAGUACAGCUACUUCUUCAAGACACUAGCAUUUGGCAGUGCACACACAAAGGACCACCCAAAUCUAACACUGUUGAUAGGAGAGUUCAUCAAGUUAUUGGGUGGGUCAUUUGUGGGAGCAUAUUCAAUUGCCAAUAUAUUGAGGAGGGACCUGAGCCUUCAAUUCUGGCUUUGCAUAUUGAACAGAUACAAGAAUAUGACGAAGGCCAACUUAUCGAUGUUUGGUGAGCACUUGUCGGUCCGUGUUAGAAUACGAUAUCCGGUAGAUUUCACCAACUUUCUACCUGCGCCAGCUGCUCCGCUACUCCUUAUGCCUCCUCGAACUGAAGCCGAGGCUUUCGAAAGGAAACUACCCAAGAUAAGGAUUGGAGACCUCGUUGUGGAUCCUACCCUUCGUCCCAAGGGUGAGUUCGAUUUAGUGACAUGGGAAUCACAGAUACCCCCUUAUACUGAGUUCAUUUACCACGUCCCUUCUUGUGCUCAAAGGCAGCCUACAACCUUACGGAGGAAGCGUGAUGCAUAUGUUUGUCUCUAG